AUGCAACAAACCACCUUGGAGAGAAUUCCUCUCGUGGAUAACACACUUUGUUUUACACAUUUUCAGGUCAAACUGCGACUUGCACUUGAAAAAGUACCCCAAAGGAGUCCAUCCAUCCGGCGGAUACACAAAGAAAAUUUGGCACCUGGUAAUCUUGUUACCAUUCACGUUUUAUUCCUUUCAUCUGUUACAGAGAGGAAGGCUAUGGAGAUCACUUAUUUCGAGUCGUACAAUGAUAAUUCCUCGAGGCAGACACAUUCCAACACAUUCCCCCGGUUUGUUUAUCAGGAAACCGAACGCGCCGUCGUUGAGCACUGUGAAGCGUUGAAACCCCACCUUCAGACCACAUUGGAUGCAAUGGAGCACGUUGUCGAGGAGCUCACCUUAAAGAUUCGCAAGGAAUUCAACCAGAUGACGGAUUACCUUGGUGCAAACUCUCACUUAUCUUCAGAAGAGUUGCAAGAAGUCUUUGAGGAAGAGAUUAUGCGAAUAAACACUGAGCUGAUGAUCAAUCGGUGUGAAAUAGCAAGCCUUGUACGAAAUCUGCGCAUGACCGAGACCAUCAGACGUCGGAAGGUACAACUGACGUGGAGUGAUCACAGAGCGCAGUGGCAGAUAAGUAGUCGGGAGCGGUGCUUGGACGAGUUCAGAACAAAAAUGGCAAGUGAAGAAACGUGUUCACCAAUAACUGUAAGGUCGUUAUGGGAAGAACACCGUGCGGAACUAUCGAACUUCCGGUCAAAACAAGAUACUCUUGUGAGCGAACUGUGCAAACUGAUGACCCCGCCUAAUUACGCAACCAAUGUCACAGGAGAGUGGAUGCAAAGAUUUCAACAAAUGUUCAAAGAUUGGGAUGAAGCAAACCAAACGUUUCUGCAUUCGGUCUAUGAAAAGUAUGAACAACAUUCACUAGGAUGUAUUGAUCAGCUGAAAAAAUUUCAAGACCACAUGAUCGAGAGCGAACUGUUCAACUCUCCAGAAGAGGCAUCGAAGCUUCUCGAAACACAAUGUAUCCCGAUCAUAGGAGCAUUACAAAGAAGUUUUGAGAACAACUUGAAUUUUCUUGACAAAUCGUUUUCUCAGUCCUAUACUACUCACCAGGAAGCGCUGGUACAACCGAUUCAUCACUUUUGCGAACUUCUCGCUGAAUUCUGGCAAGCAUUUGGAGUCAAGCCAUUUGAGGCCAUACACACUCGUCUCCUUCAGCGAAUUAAGAUGGAACGGAAGAACGGAUCCGAGCGCGUUCAAAGCAAACUGACUGAGCUCGAAUCAGCGAUUGAGCGAGUACGUAAAUCUCCAACGGUUGAACAGGUGGAUAAAAGAAUGGAGAAAGUAGACCAAUUAUUCAAUCAGCUAAAGUCUAUUCAUGUGAAGAACCGACGACAACAACUCGCCAUUUUGGAUACAUACGGUCCAGAUGUCGCAGGUGCUAUUUCGGCAUACGAAGAGGCCUGUAUGCGAUUCUUUGGAGUUGAGAAAGUUGAUGAGGAGCCAUUGGAACCGAGUGCGGACGAACAAACUACUGAUCAGUACGAACACCUAAAAAGUGCAACAUUUUUAAUCCGACGAGCCAGGAAAUUUCUGUGGAACGACUGCAUCUUACAUUCAAAUAGAGGCUCGAAUUCAUUGACUUCAAGUAGCAGCGUCGAUGUUGAACGUGGGGGUAAGAACGAAAAGGAAUGGAUUCAAUUUCGUGUUCUUCCCAUGGAAGAUGCGGUUGAAUCAGUUAGACGUUUACACGAGAGCGUCACCGGUGUUGGUCAAACAGUGUUGGAGAAAGUACUAUCUAAUCCCAGCUACUCAGGCAUCCUUACCCAGGAGCCACAAUCGGAGUGUCCCUUCGAGCCGGAAGAGGAAAACGAAAACGUCGAAGAGCCCCAAGAAGUGUCUGAACAUGUUGAAUCGUUCCCCAUUUCAAACAAUUUGUUUGAACAGUUUGCUUUGGGAGCACACGCUGUACGUUUUGAUGGCGUUGUACAUCAAAUAAAACAGUCUGUUCGAGAAAAUUUUCUCACACAUUUGUACUCCUGGGAAUUGGAAAAAAAUAAUGAGGUUGAACAGGAACUUGUUCUACGACGAGAAGAAAUCCAUACUGAAUAUGACUUGCAGAUUAAUCUACUUGAGGAACAGUGCCAAGGGUGUCGAGAGAAUAUUGUCAACGUUCGCCUGACAGAACUGCAUUAUCACCAGGAGCGUAUCGAUCUACACGUGGAGUACGUGAAGCAGGAAAUCGAUAAAGCACGCUCAACAGUCAUUAGUGAUUUGAACGCCAGAUUGGAUGAACUGGAGACAAAUAUGCAGGCAGAAAUCAAAAGGCUGAUGGAUACUAGGCUGCCCAGAGCCAGUCGAUUGUCAAUCCCAUUCAGCGACGGAGGCGAUUUUGCCGUUGAGGAGAUAAAACAGUACAAAACGCGUCUGGAAGAUUUGGCUGUGGAGUUGCAGGCAAUGGAAGAUUCUGUCGCCGGAGGGAUGGAACACUUUGAGAACGAUAGACAAAGCUUCAUCGACAGAUGGCUGAAGACAUUCCGAACUGAUAUGAAGCACCGCAUGAUGGAUGUGAACCACACAGAGACUGUUCGGCGAACCAUAUCGAGUGCAAUGGUUCGACUGAAAUCAAUUGGCAUCCAGAAUCAAAGUGAAGCGAACAAAAUCCGAAACAGUCUGCUUCAGCUGGAGUCCCUUGUACUCCAGUUAAGCACAUUGUCAGAACUUCGAUCGUCUCAUGUCUGUAUGCUCGAAACUUCUUGGAAAGAAACCAACCAAGGUUACUCAAAGCAAACGCCAAAUGCGGAGGUUCAGCAGUCUGCAAUCCAAUUACUUUGGACAUCAAAGGAAGAAGAAAUGUUACGUGAAACCAGGAGGGCGGUGUUAAAUGUGCUCGGGGAGCUGUACAUCGAUGUGAAUAGUUGGCGAAUGUUCCUACGGUUUCAAACGGCGGCAAACACGCAAACCGGACAUCUGUCACGAGAAAGUACAAUGAAUCAUCCGGAAAGUCAGAUUACAUCAAUUGAUCAACCGACAAGUGGAACUGCAGUACAAUCACUCAAAGGGAUACGGAAGUCGAAGUGGCCCUCGAAUAAAGUCAAGUUAGAAGGGGGCGAUCGAAAAUAUCACCAACAUAAACCGUUAAAUAACAGGGAAGAAGGUCAGGCUGUACCCAGUCAACAAGGUGGUGAAAAGCUCGGUUCCAAAGUACAACGAAAGAAUACGGUACCCCAUGCAGCCAAUGUUGGGGAGGCAGUCUUUACGCAGUUCAAGACGUCCGCAUCAGGAAAGGACGCUGUCGCCACGCUCGAUACUCAGGCGAAACCGUCAAAGCGAAAAGAAAAGUUGGACGAAUACAUCAAGAAUGCUUUUGGUGGGGACGUGUCAGACGACCUUGAGGAGAAUGACCCAACUUCAGGACCUACAAUGAUGGAAUCUGUCAGACGGAUAUGCCGGCAGGCUCUCCAAGAGACUAUGCGCCUAUCAGACAGCUACUACAGAGAAAAAGGGGUGCGUAAACCCGUGACGCCCUACCCAAUACCGGCCAACUAUCGACAGGCGGCCAGAGCAUUGGUUUCUACGUUGACCAACUAUUACAACGAAAUGGAAGCUGCUCACAGGAAAGCUGUUGAAGAACUCCAUUCUGGGCUUCGUCAACUACUGGAACUAUCCAUGAAGUUGCCCGGUGUUUUGUUUGUUCUCUUGGUGGAUGAUUUCAAGACGAACACAUUUAAUGAUCUGAGAGCUUCUGAUGAGGCGAUCAUACAACAACUGCGAGUACAGAAACAACAACGGAAUACACACAUUCGGAAGCUCAGAGCCGUUUUGGGUUUACCCUCAAUGGACGAGCAGCUGGAAGAGAUCGAUUCGGAGGAGAUCAAGCGUCAAACAAGGCUUACACAACUGGUUGCCAAUUUAAAGCACGAGCGCCUCAAUGUACUACGAACCGUCAGAACUCAAUUUCCGAAGGUUCUUUGUCAACUAACCGAUGACUUGUUGCAGCGGUGUAGCACAGGGCCAGAGGUGAAAAUCAAAGCUUCAACCUCACAAACGGCAACCGCGGAAGACGGUGCGUCUCAGCUAGAAGAUCCUAAAUUGCCAUCCAUAUCAAAGGGUCAACCAAUGACUGGGCAAGUUUCUGUUGCCAAAAUGGAUGUCGAUGUCGUACACUUGAAUAUCCGGAUUUCGCAGAGGUGGGCGGAAGAAGAGCUUAAUCACUUCCUGGACCGACUGACCACAGAUGUGGAAAAAGAAUACCAUGCUUCAAUGAAAACGAGUGAAAGUUGGAGGGUCGAAUGGAUGGAGAGUGUUCAAGCACUAAAAGCCGUUCACAAGUAACUGCCGCCUGUCAGACACGCAGCGCAACCUGGGCAUACAAAAGUCGGGAUCGAUUGUCUCUGGUUACAAUUGUUCAUUCACUAGGAUCCAACUGCAUUAAUCCUGAACUUGUCACCAUGCACAAUCAUGCAUUUUCUCUACGAUAUCAACACUGCUUUUGUGCAGUAUUGGGCAACCAGAAUAAAAUAGUUC